AUGGUCAUCCAGUGCACAUGCGAUUGCAACUGCAGUGAUAGAGACACAGCCCGCAGCUUCUGUUUGCCACGAUUUGCGUUGCGUUACCAACGUGCCACGCCCACGCCAACGCCCCUAAAUGGUGGCAAUGAUAUGGAGCAUCAGUUUCCAUACUAUCGCCGGCUAUCGAAUACCUCAUCAGCGCUCUACGGCAGCUGCCCCCAACUGCCACAGACUUGUCACAGUCUAAGCCAGAGUCAGAAUCAGAAACAUAAACAAAGGCAGCAGGAGCAGCAGCAGGAGAAGCAGCAGGAAAAGGCAGAGACAGAGACAGAGGAGCAGCUGAGGCAAUAUUCAAGUCUGGUGCGGCCACAGCAUAGAAGCUCCGUGCUGUGCAACAAAUCCUGGUGGGUCUCAUGUCCGCGUCUCUCCAAUCUGGCAGCAACUGAGCAACAGCAACAGCAACAGCAACAACAACAGUCUCAAAUGCCAACAACAGCAACAGCGACAGCAACAACAAUGCAGCAGCCACAAACACUGCUGCCACCAUUGAUUCGUUUUCCACUCCGACAGCACUGUGACAAUUUUGGCAGCUAUGCCACAUUGCCCAGCAUUGAUCAGCAAGUUCAUCAUGCGCCCUGUAGUCGCCAUUGCACCGCAGCAUCAGCAGCACCAACAAUGCCACCACAUCCUGAGCCAGCACGCUGGUAUGCACCAAGCAAUGCCAAUCUCAAUCCCAAUCCCAAUCUGAAUCCUAAUGCCUGCUGUUACAUGUACAAUCCCACGCCCCACUACGCCCCUCAGCUCUGUCUCUGCGAUAAUUGGUAUCACCAGCAACACCAACAGCAGCAGCACUUACAACAACAACAGCAGCAACAACAAAGAGGCAUCCCGCCACCACCGAAGCCACUUAUGCCCAAUGGCGGCUGCUACUUGGGAUUCGAUGGGCAUCAUCCCAGUCAUAUUACGGAUGAGGAGGAUUCAGCUUUUCCGGCUCUCGCUGAUCGUGAGUUUCAUUUGUUGCAUCGCAAUAUUCCCGCAUUGCGACGCACAGGUGUCGACACAACACGCAUACUACAGUAUUUCUAUCCUGAUGGCGGUUGGGGCUGGAUCAUCUGUGGCGUAUCCUUUCUGGUUCAUAUUCUGACCACGGGUCUGCAACUGAGCUAUGGUUUGCUGUUGUACUAUGCCGUGCAGCAUUUGCAUAACACAAGUGGCAUUGAGCUCUUGGGCGCUUUGAGCUGGUCUAUUUCAAUGUUGGCCAUACCAUUUGUGGUGUCGUUGUGUCGAAAGCGUUCCAUUCGAAUGCUCUCCAUUGUGGGGGGACUUGUGAUGCCGUUGGGAAUUCUGUUUACAUCAUUUGCCACGGAAUUCGGUCAGGUCGUGUUCAGUUAUGGCAUCGUAUUUGGCAUUGGGGUUUCCAUGGUGCGUGAAGCCUCCACGGUGAUGUUGGGCAAUUACUUUAAGCGUCGGCGGCAAUUCGUUGAAAUGGUGGCCAUGUCCGGCGAGGGAGUCGGCAUUGCUUUAUUCUCCGUGAUAUUGAAGGAGGGCGUUGGCAAGGCCGGCUGGCGCCUUGGUCUACAGAUUGUGGCCGCUCUAACGGCGCUCAGCUUUUUCAUGGGUCUCAUGUAUCGACCAGCAUCAUUAUACCAUCCGCAACGUCGGGCCAUUCAACACUUAAAGAAUCAACGCAAAAAGUUGAGGGAAAAGAAACCAAAGCUCAGUCAUGUAGUGGAAUCGCCAACUCGUUAUUUAUUUUUGGACAUAUCAUCCCUGAAAUCCGUAACAGUUAAAAUCCUUUUAAUGACCUCAAGCGUUGCAGCAUUUGGCAUUUAUACGCCCAUGUUCCUCAUGGCCCUAAAUGCCGCCAAAGAGGGAUCCGAUGUUCAGGAAUUGGUGCUGCUACAAACCUUCUUGGGCAUCUCCAUGGCAUUGGGUGUGGUUUUAGCUGGUGCUCUGCUCCGUCGCUGUUUUGUCAUCAAACACUUUGUGAUCAAUACCAAAAUCGUUACUCAGCUCUUUCUAGCCAUUGUUGCUUUGGCCAUACUCUUUCUAUCCUUUGUCAUGGGCUACAAGGGACUCUGCAUCCUCAGUUGGCUUUAUGGCAUCGGCUUGGGCGGCUUUCAAUAUUCGUUAAAAAUUUUGGCGCUGGAGCGCAUUAAACUUAAACACUUCUCCAAGGCCUGGGGUUUCAUUCGCGGUGUUCAGUCUGUUCCGGUGCUUAUAAGUGUGCCCCUUACCUCAUUCCUCAACGAUUACUCCCUGAAAUACGGACGUGCCGGAUAUUACAUUUGCUCAGCUGCCGCUGCCAUCUCUGGCAUCAUCAUCUUCUUCAUUAGCGAGCCACAGGAGCAUCCGCAGCAGCAACACCAACACCAACAGGAACAGCAACGUGGUCAUCUCAAUGGACAUCUGCCAACGCCCAUGUUGAUGAGACACUCCUCGGCGCGGCAUCCACGUCACAAUGUGCAACUGGACUAUGGAUAUGGCGAAUAUCCAGCACCCGAUUUGCUCAGCCGCAGCUGCAUAAGUCUCAAUCAAAUGGAGCCUUACAUUCAGGCCAAUAACUCCCAUUAUUGUCAACGUCAUGUGCAUCAUCAGCAGCAUUCUCAACCGCAUUCUCAUAAUCAUCCCCUGCCCCAUCUUUCACAACAUCAUCAUUUGCCUCCACAACACCCACAGCAGCUCACUUGCCACAAUCUGGACAUGCAACAGACACGUCCGCCCUAUCAACUUGGUCAGGGCAGCAUUGGCGCCAAAAUGGGAAAGCGUCUACAAAGAAGUCUCUCCUUCAUCCAGCAGCACAACUGCUGCGAUGGCCAAAUGUAUUGUAGCUUUCACAGCACCUACGAGCUCGGUUGCCGCAAGUCUCCCAAAUCUCAGGACAGGCAGCCACUCAUCUGUACAUGCAGCCCCAAUUCAACCACAUAUGGAGCCGGGAGUGGUUCGGCACGCAGUCGGAGUGUUCCAGAGGGUCUAUCCACCAUGUCACAGCAGUGUAACUGCCGUCAUGGGGCAACCGCGGCGCCGUCCCGUGAGUUUAUCUACGUGCCACACGCCUACGCAUCAUUGCAGCGAACGCCACAUCGACAGAAUCGUCAUAUAUCGUCCGGUACGGCAGCUGGAGGAGGAGCUGCAACUGGAGGUUGUCAAGCAUCACGAAGCAAUCCACAGUGUCGGCUUAAACGCUCGCAAUCGCUUAGCCGACCCGUGCAUUUUGUCGAGCAAAUCACCACCUCCGUGUAGAUAUAGAGAAUGAGAGAGAGAGAGAGAGAGAGAGAGAGAGAGAGAGAGAGAGAUUCCCAGCCAGGGGUGGCCUAGUAGCAUAUUUUGUAGUAGUCCUCCUAGUUACGUGAAUCGAAUUCAAAUUGUCAAAUCUUUUCUAGUCUUUUGUCGUAGUUAGUAGCACGUAUAGUCCAAGUCGAGAGAGUAGUUCAAGAAACAGUUGCAGAAGUGUCAAAAACUGUAACUAAAAACCUACACACACAAAUUGAAAAGCAACUCGAUGAAUUUUUAACAAACUAUAAACCUAUUAACAAUAUCUAUACAUAACUUACCUUAACUUUAUCCAUAAAACACACAUACACACAUACCGAAAGACAUACAGACACAGUUAGCGAGGGGCAAACGAAAAGCUUUAUCAUUGUCUCGAAACAAAAGUAUUCCAAUUAACUUUGCUACCAAUGCAACAUUUUCAUAAUAACAAGGGAAAAAACGUAAAUAUAUAGCGAUGGCAUAAACAAAGAACGGAAAAAAGUCUACAGCAGAGGGGUAACAGACGCGGGGGUUCAAUAUGAAUACAUAUUAAAUGGUCCAUUUUAAAAACGUACACAUACAAUUUAUCCACCGAUACCAAUACGAUAUAUACUCGAACUCAGAUCGAGGCAAUUAUACGGUCGGCGGCACAUAUUUUGCUGUCUUCAUGUACUUUAUUUUUAAAUUAAAUGCGUAUUCACAUACGUAUACGUAUUUAUGUGCUCGAGAAACGUUUAAAUUCCGGGCGAAAAACUGUAAAAAAAAUAUGAACAAAGUAAUAGAAAAAAAACCUUUUUGCCAAUAUACCAUUCGUUGUGGGACUAAGCCUUAUUUAAAAAAAACAACAACAAAACCAUUAACAUUUCUAUAAUGAUAAUCGUAUAAUAAUCGAAAGUAUUCAAUGCGUACUUUAACUGUAAUUGGCGAACCCACAAAUGAAAUUUUGUGGAUAAUAUUAACAAUACCAUUUGGGCAUAAAUUAGCCGCAACAAAAUGCUUAAAUAUGUAAUAUUAAUAAUAAUAAAUUAAAUGAGAAACUUAUUACAAUUACACGAGAAUAACAUAAAUGGACAUAUGUGCAACUAUCUCUACGAUACGAUAAAUAAUAUAAAUAACAAAUAAAAUACAAAACAAGAUUAAUGAACUGCAAAUUCAGCAAAAAUAAGCAAGGCAUAAAUUUCAAGUAUACUUUAAUAAAUUAUUAAGUAUUCGUUUCAUAAAAUUAUCGAACUCCUAAGAAAAAACAAUUUUAGAAAUUCUAAACUAUGCAAUAAGAGAUAAAAAAAACAUUUCGGCAAGCCGACAUUUUAAUACCCCUGCAGUAAAAAAAAGCAAAGAAAUAAAUAUCUCGUUAAUGUUCCCUAUAUAUUUCCGAAAUGUCUAUUCAUUAUUUAAAACAUAUUUUAUAAAUAUUUCCAAAAUUUACACCUGCUUCCGAGAUUAAGACAACUCGCAAAAGGAGUGGUCAACUCUUAGAGUAUAUUAAUUUUUGAUGAGGAAAUAAUGAGAACCUCAACAAGAUUAUUAAAAAAGGAAUCGUGUUUAUCGGACAUAAACUCUGCAAGGGUAUAGUUAUUGGGGGAAUUGCAAAUUAUGAGAGAGGAAGAAUUUUCCUUGAGCAACUAACUGCCAUAAUCUGCAAUAAAAAUACAAAAUUAACUAUGAGAAACUCAUAAACAUAAACAUUAAAUCAUAAACAUAAAAUAAACGACACUCGAAAACUCAACUCAGCUCGUAAAAUCCAAUGACCCAUAAAUUCUUCUUCUUCAUAAAAAAAAAAUCUGCAAACAAUUUCAAUAAAUGCACCGAUUUUCGCCGUGGCGUGUUCAGUGAAAAGUUUUGAAUAAAUUAUAAUUUAAUUGUGUUAGGCCUACACACAUAACACACAACAUAAACACAUACACACUCUCACACUCACACAGAAACAAAUCAAGCAUAUCUAAAUCUCCUUAUCUAAAAAUUGAAAAAA